AUGUGUUUUAACCUGGUCACAGGUCAAAGUCCGCUCUGUGGCUGGAAGAGCCAGUACGAGCAGAGUGUGUUUUUGUCCCUCACUCUCUACGCUCUUCCCACCCUGUUAACAACACCUCGCUUUGUGGAGAACUUCCUCUGCUUGGAUUGCCACCAACUCAACACCAUGCUGCUUCGGACUGUGGUCCUGCUCUUCCUCUGCGUGUCCUCCGGCAUGUGUGCCACUUUAGGCCACUACCAAGCCAAGGAAGAGGAGGAGGCCCCCGCUGUUACAGAUGGUGCCGUAGCAGCGGCCUCUGUAGAAGAAGCUGCUGAAGAAGGUGUAGCUCCUGCAGAUGCUCAAGCCGGUGAUUCACCUGAAGCUAAUUCCCUUUUUGGUGACAAUCUAGCUAAAACACUUUCAGCAGAUAACCCAGCUGACACACCUGAAGUGGAUGUCCCUGUAGCAGAUGGUGCAACAGCCGAAGAGCCAGGAACAGACAGUGACGGGCCUGCUGUAGACGCCCCUGCUAUGGAAGCUCUUACUGAUGAAGCUGUCACCCAUGGGCAACCUUCCUCUGAGGAGGAGGAGAAGGUGAAUGACAUCAGACCAGUCCAGACAAACCAGCCCUUGAGCAAACCCUUGGCACAAGAAGAGAGCAGUUGGAGCCUCAACUCAAUUAGAAAUAGUUUCCAGACUGUGCAUGGCUACUUUGACUCCCUGGUAGAGCUUGUGGGGGGACAAGAUGGUGUGUGUCAGUACCGCUGCAGAUAUGGAGAACUUCCUCAACCCCGCCCCGGCUACCAGCCUUCUGAGCCCGACGGCUGCACAUCCUCUCUGGUGGGAUUCCAGCUUGACUUGGGGGUCCCUGCUAUGACAAAUUGCUGUAACCAGCUUGACAUAUGCUACGACACUUGUGGGACAAGCAAGUAUGACUGUGACUCCAACUUUCGUUCAUGUCUGCAUGGCAUCUGCACAGACCUUAAUAAGAGUCUGGGCUUUGGGUCGAAGGUACAAGCCUGCGAAUCGAUGGCAGACACUCUCUUCAACACAGUGUGGACUUUAGGUUGUAGACCUUACAUGAACAGCCAGAGGGCAGCGUGCAUCUGUGAGGGAGAGGAGAGGGAUGAACUGUGACACAGAUCACUGUGGACUCCUGCAUGCUUUCACAGACAAAUAACAGUCAUAGG